UGUGUGUGUGUUUCAUUUACAUCGAUCCGAGCCAGAAUCUGGAAGCGUAUAUUUUUUUUGCGGGGCUUAUCUUUACAUCUGGAUAUUCGUCGAGUGUUUAUAUGAAACUACAAUAUUUAAAUACGUGUAUUGUGAAGAAUUAUGUGCGACCGAAAAGGUUAUACAGUACUUUGGAGAUCUUUCUGUAAAGAUUCUACGAUCCACAGUUUAAACUUUCUUGUUAUGAAAAUGAAUUACUCACACAGGAUUUUUUGGAUUGUGUUCAACAUUUUCACUAUCAGCUCAACAGUAGCUUUCAUGGUUCAUAUGUGGGAAGACUACUUGGAAACCCCUACAAUUGUAACUCAAUCGAGCUCGAACAUUCCAAUUCAGAACGUCUACUUUCCAGCGUUAGCAGUUUGCAACAUGAAUAAGAUCAGCAAGAAAAAAGCCGUCGAAUACGCACAGGAAAUAAACUCUUAUAGGAAGCUGGAAAAUAUCGAUUCAAUUCUACAGGAUCUCGUAAGCUUAGGGCAACUAUAUACUUCCACAAGUGAAUCUGAAGGGAGUUUUAUAAGGCUUCAGAAGUGGAUGGACAAGUACGAUAAUUACACAGAAGAUUAUGAUAUCAGUCGGAGGCUUUUGCAGUUAAGCCCAUCUUGCGAAGACAUGCUCCAAUCGUGUAGAUGGGCUGAUGAGCAGCAAGACUGUUCCAAACUGUUCUCGACAAGGAUAACAUACGACGGAUUUUGCUGCACGUUCAACUAUGUGAGACAGUUUACAAAUUCCAAAAUUUACUCUAAUUCCGGACAAAAGAUAGAGCCAGGUUCCGAGGAACCAAGAAAACCCAUCGGUGCAGGAAUGAUGAACGGUCUGAGUCUGGCGUUAAAAAACGAUUUAGACGAUUAUUUCUUCACCACCUUAGAAACGACAGGGGUACAAGGUGUUGAUAUUCAAUGCUGCCGACUAUCCAGACAAAAUAAGCGGUUCCCUGAACGAAUCAUAAUAGGAUUUAAUCAGGAAGUUCUCAUUGGACUGCAGGUGGACCUUUGCAGAGGAUCUUCUUCCUUAGCGCAACUACCUUUAAGCUUGAGAAGAUGUAUGUUUAGAGCUGACGGUCGGACAAGUUUCGGUCCGUAUUCGCACAGCGACUGUUUGGUAGAUUGCAAAACGAAAAGUAUUGUUUCAUUGUGUCAAUGCAUUCCUUUUACGGUACCAGUCGAAUCGGAAGACGUCAGUGCCUGUUCUUUGAUAGAUCUGCCAUGCCUCGGGAGAUAUACAGGGAAUGGUCUAAGUAUUACCCAAAAGAUUUGGAAGAUGAGGAAUUGCUGGUGCAAGAACAAUACGACUCGUUAUCUUGCGAACAUUGCUUACCAUCAUGUAGCCAUACUGUGUAUAAACCGUUCACAAGCAUUGCAAACGUACUAGACAAGCAGAAUAUAACAUACGUUCAUAUUUUCUUCGACGAGAGUUUCUCAAACAUCUACAAAAUCAACUUGUUUCAGACAUGGUUUGAAAUAUUGAGUAAGUAUUAGUAUAUCCCACUUCUGAAUACACAAAGACUCUUUCAAUGUUAUAACAUGUUUGAGAGACGCCAGAAAAUCCAUUCAGAUGUUGCGUUUCUACCAAAUGCUUUAGGCAAACAUUUAUUCUGAUAAAACUAUCAUUUUUUUGUUUUCUUUACAGGUAAUUUUGGAGGAAUUUUAUCUUUACUCCUAGGAGUAAGUGUAAUCAGCGCUAUCGAGGUGAUAUUCUUUAUUGUUAGACUAGUCUUCUUAUAUUUGUCUGACAUUUUUGGACAAACAACGAUUAGUAGAAAAGUAUUCAAACAUAGAAUGUCAAAACGUUGAGUUUCAUUUCAUCUAUUAGAUCUUUCCAAAUUUGUAAGAGAUAUUCAAUGGAUUUAAACAGAAUUUUCUGCGAUUAAUAAAUGAUCAUUAUUAUUGCUUGUUUUUUCGUGACAUACAUCAUUUUAAAUUUUUUUCUCGAUGACAGCACUUCCAACCAGAGCUUUUUUACAGGCAGAAUAUAACGUACGUUCAUAUUUCCUUCGACGAG